AUGUCCUUCCUGCCUGACUUCGGGAUCUUUACCAUGGGCAUUUGGUCUGUUGGUCUUGGAGCCAUCGGUGCAGCUGUGACAGGGAUUGUCCUUGCUAACACUGACUUAUUUUUGUCCAAGCCAGAAAAGGCUACGUUGGAGUUUUUAGAGGAGAUAGAGCUAAAAACUUUGGGAUCAGAACAAAGAACAUUCAAAGCAGGUGAACUAUGGAAGAAGAAUGGUGCAGUGGUCAUGGCUGUGCGAAGACCUGGAUGAUUUUUGUGCAGAGAGGAGGCUUCUGAGCUCUCCUCUCUGAAACCUCAGCUGUCCAAGCUGGGUGUCCCUCUCUAUGCUGUUGUGAAAGAGAAGAUAGGGACUGAAGUGGAGGAUUUUCAGCAUUAUUUCAAAGGAGAAAUCUUCCUGGAUGAAAAGAAAGGCUUCUAUGGUCCACGCAGACGAAAAAUGAUUAUGUCAGGCUUCUUCCGCCUUGGGGUCUGGCAAAAUUUCUUCCGUGCUUGGAAAAGUGGAUAUAGUGGUAACCUGGAAGGAGAAGGAUUCACCCUGGGAGGAGUAUAUGUGAUUGGGGCAGGAAGACAGGGUGUUUUACUGGAGCAUCGUGAGAAAGAAUUUGGAGACAAAGUCAGCCUUCCAUCUGUCCUUGAAGCUGCAGAGAAGAUAGAGCCACAAGCUUCCUAAAUGGAAAAAUAGUUGCACAUGUUUCUGAUCACAGCUUGAAAUGUAGAAUGCAUCUGUUUCUUGAACGUGCAGUUUAAUUGCUUCUUAACUAUUUAGUGAUUGAUGCAGAGGAAAGAUUCUCUACUCAAACAUAGUAAAUGAUGAAAACCCUCCGGGAUUUUUUUUGUUGCUUUGCAGCCUUUCAGGUGGUCAGGAUUUCAGCUGGUCUUUUGUGUCUGACUGUGUUAAUGAAAGGCUGGGUCUAAAAUCUGACCUAGCCUAGAUGUUUUCAGCCAGAGACAGUCGGUUGAAAACCUGUCUACCUAGGGGAACAAAAGUCUGCUAGGGCUGGAGUAAUGGAGUACCAGCUGAGGUUGAAGGAUAAUAAAACUUUAUGUAAAUGAAA